GCCAUCAUAGACAAAACCGUCAAUCAUUUUGUUCCUCUUCGUCAAUCACAAAGGUAAUCGUGGAAGGGUUGACUUGAAUCUAUCUUGGAAGACAACAUGACGGAGGAGAUGUGUAGUGGCGUGGGUUAGCAAUGUAGCUAUAAGGUCAUAUCUCGGGGUUGGGACGGGGGUAGGAGGGUUGCAGAGGGGUAGUGUAGUGUCCCAUGUGCGUUUCGGCUCAUGGAACAUAGGGACCCUCACAGGUAAGUCAAUUGAGUUGGUGCAAGUUCUCAAGAGGAGAAGGAUGCAGGUGGCGUGCGUGCAAGAAACCAAGUGGGUGGGCACGAAGGCGCGAGAGGUUGAUGGCUUCAAAUUGUGGUAUUCAGGUUCGGCUAGGGGAAGGAAUGGAGUCGGUAUUCUGGUGGCACCGGAGCUACGAGGGUUUGUGGUGGAGGUGAAGAGGAUUAAUGAUCGUCUAAUGUUUAUCAAGUUGGUUUUGGAUGGGUGUGCGAUCAAUGUCGUGAGUGCUUACGCCCCGCAUGUUGGCUUGGCAGACGAAGUUAAGAGAGAGUUUUGGGACGCCUUGGAUGGGGUGGUUGUUGGCUUUCAACUGACUGAGAAAGUCAUCGUUGGAGGCGACUUCAAUGGCCAUAUUGGAGACUCGGCCGAGGGCUUCGAGGACGUGCACGGUGGUUUUGGCUAUGGCAGUAGGAACCCAGCGGGAGUUUCACUCUUGGAGUUUGCCAGAGCAAGUGAUAUAGUGGUUGCUAACUCUUGUUUCCCAAAACGAGACGUUCAUUUGGCUACAUUUGUUAGUGGAGUGGGGACGACUCAGAUCGACUAUCUUCUCCUGUGCAGGUGUCAUCGGGUGCUCUGCAAGGAUGCUAAAGUAGUCCCGAGUGAAAACAUCACUACCCAACACAAGCUUCUGGUGAUGGAUGUCAUGAUUAGAUGGGUGAAACAUAUGAGAGCUUCGAGUGGCAACAUACAAAUCCGGUGGAGGAGACUAAGUGGGGAAAAUAUCUCUGAGUUGAUCACGCGAGUGCAGGAGAAAGGUGCGUGGGAAUCGGACGGAGAGGCUACAGGUAUGUGGACGCGGACUGCUAACUGCAUCAGGGAAAGAGCCAGGGAAGUGUUAGGUGUGAGCUCUGGCUCUGGGAGUAGGCGUCAAGGUGAUUGGUGGUGGAGCGAUUCAGUUCGAAGUAAGGUGGAAGCUAAGAAGGUGGCAUAUUUGAGGUACAUGGGCUGCAAUGUUGAGGAAGAAAGAACAGCGUUACGAGUGGAGUACAAGAAGGCAUGUAAAGAAGCCAAGUUAGAGGUUACGAGGGCAAAGAAUGCCACUUUUGAACGCCCCUACAAGGAUAUUGAGGAGAAAGGUGGUGUUAAUACAUUGUUCCGGCUUGCUAAGAUGCGUGAGAGGAAAGCCCGAGAUCUGGACCACUCCGGGGCGUCUCUGGUGUAUUGUCGACGCAUUUGCCUGGGAGAGGUGGUUCGGGCUCUCCGAGGGAUGCGUAGUGGGAGAGCUUUGGGACUAGAUGAGAUUCCGAUGGAGUUUUGGAAGCAUGCGGGCCGUGGUGCGUGGGUUUGGUUAACCAAACUCUUCAAUGUUAUCUUUCGGACAGCAAGGAUGCCUGAUGAGUGGAGGAAGAGUCUCUUGGUCCCCUUGUUUAAAGGUAAAGGUGACAUUCAGAGCUGCGAGAAUUACAAAGGCAUCAAACUCCUUAGCCACACCAUGAAGGGUGCCAAGGGAGGUCUUAUGGAGGUGCCUAGAGACAAGAUCAGAAGAGUUCCCAUCGCGUACACUCGCGCAAUCAAGGAUAUGUACGAUGGGGCUAUGACUAGGCGCCUUGCCAUUGAGACUAAAGGACUCAGAAUAAGUAGGAACAAGACUGAAUACAUGGAAUGUCGUUUCAGCGGCCGGGAAACAGAAUCAGAAGUGGAAAUUAGGAUUGACUCUCACGUAGUACCUAAGGUAGACAGGUUCCGAUAUCUUGGCUCGGUAAUCCAGGCGGAUGGGGAGUUAGACGGGGAUGUUGGACAUCGUGUUGGACUGGAUUGGGCCAAAUGGCAGUUGGCCUUGAGGGUGUUGUGUGACCCAAAGAUUUCACCCAGGAUGAAAGAUAAGUUCUACCACUCCGUAGUCAGACCUGCUAUGUUAUACGGGGUAGAGUGUUGGACGGGUAAGAAGACUCAUGUGCGUCGUCUGCAUGCGACGGAGAUGCGGAUGUUACGAUGGAUGUGUGGGAAGACAAGGUUGGAUAGGAUUUCGAACGAAGUUAUUCGACGUCAGGUAGGCAUGGCGCUGGUGGAAGAUAAGUUGCGGGAAACGAGAUUGAGAUGGUUUGGGCAUGUGAGACGUCAGGAUGCUGAUGCCCCUGUACGGAGGUGCAAGAGGAUCACGGUUAUCGGGGGAAGUAGGGGAAGGGGUAGACCUAGGAAGAAUUGGAAAGAGGUGAUUAGGCAGGAUUUAGGACUUCUCACCCUGAUUGAGGAUAUGGCUUUAGAUAGGAACCUUUGGCGGACUAGGAUUAAAGUAGCUGGUUAGGAGCGUGGUGCUGCAGAGGUUUUUGUAGUGUGUUGUGUUUGAUUGGAAUCUUCUACUUUUGCUUGCUGGACUUUCAUUUCAUUGUACUUGGUGCUUUAUCCUGUUAUAUCAUGUUACCCUGUUAUAUUGUGUUACCUACCAUAUUUUUGUGCAAGUUGAGCCAGGGUGUCUU